CUUCCCAGCGCGGUCCUGAGUCCAACUGGGCUGCAACGGGCCGGUCUAGAGACGCUAGGGUGGGAAAGGAGGCGGCUGCGGCUGCAGUGCAAGCGUGCAAAGUCGAGCGCUCGUGCCCGGACCGUCGCCUCGUUCGACCCUCCGAGGAGCCGACCUGGCGUCGUCUUGUGUCUGUCAUGGUACCUGCCAUGCAAUUUACCCCAGUCCAAGUCCCCAGACAGCCUCGCGACCAGGCCAAAUUUCGCGAAAUGCCGCUCGCUUGCACGGCGCCAUAUGCCAGCUAGUGUAUAUAUGAAGGAGAAUCGUCGUCUGGGCAGGUUUCGUAGAGAGGCUGGCCAUUCCGUCCCGGCCUCCACCUCCUCUUCGCCCUCCUCGUCCCCCUCCGCCUCUCCCUUUGCGUAUCGGAGCCAGUAGUUGUCGUACCUCGUCGUCACCGCAGCCUCGACUUACGUAGUAGCGCGCAAGAAUGGCCAACAAGCACGAGAUCCCCAGCGCGCCGGGACGCGCGGUUCCCAUGCGCGUCAUCGUGUGCGGCCUCCACCGAACGGGCACCUCGAGCAUGCGCCUGGCCCUGCGGCAGCUGGGUUUCCACGACUGCUACCACAUGGCCACCGUUUUCGAGAACCUGCACGACCACCCACAGCAGUGGGUUCGCGCCUACGAGGCCAAGUACCUCGGCAAAGGGUCCUUUGACAAGGGCGACUGGGACAGGCUGCUGGGCUACUCGCAGGCAUGCUGCGACGUGCCCGCCGCCCUCUUCAGCUGCGAGCUGGCGCAGCUGUACCCGGACGCAAAGGUGGUGAUCCUCAACCGCGACCCGGAGAAGUGGUACGACAGCGUCUCGGCGACGGUCAACAAAGCCCUCCGGCCCACGGGCUUCUUCAACGUGCUCCAGCGCAUCUACAUCUACCUGCUGGACCCGGGCAUGCGCAACUGGGUUCGCUUCACAAAGGUCAUGGGUAUGCUCGGCAUGCCCUUCGACCACGCCAACGAGCACGACAAGGCCGUCGCGUGGUUCAACGAGCGCUACGCCGAGUUCCGCGCCAGAAUCCCCGCCGAGCGCCGCAUCGAAUUCUCCGUCAAGGACGGCUGGGCGCCGCUGUGCGAGCACCUCGACGUGCCCGUGCCGCAGGUCCGCGACGAACAGACGGGCCAGCUCGUCGAGGCGCCGUUUCCGCAUGCCAACGACCGCGCCUCCUUUAUCGCCAGGUCUGAGCGCAACCUCGCCGCGGCCGUGCAGCGCUGCAACGCAAACCUCAUUGAUUUCCUUGGUAGGGCUUGUCUUGUGGGCUGCCUGGGCUACGGCGGCUUUCUGGUGGGAGACGUGCCUCGGCGGUCGUCUCUGAGGAGGGAGCGAUUACGCCACUGUAUGUGUCGAGUGGUUAGUAUCACAAGUCACUUAAUGUCCCUACCGCCGUGGCUGCUACUGCAAGGAGGGAGGGCCCUUGAGGCUGUGAGGCUGUGAGACUGUGUGACGCCUCCCGGCUUUCCGGUAUCCCCAUCGGCACGCGCGGUGUGCUCGCACACACGGGCCACCGAAUCGUGACGCCGUGACCAUGUGAUUGGCUGGGACUCUCCGCUGCCGAUUUCCAGACUGCCGGCAUGGUGAUACAACGGACUUGGAUUGUUGGGCGGAUGGUAUUUUGCAAAGCAGGUACCACAGACAUGGCGCAUUGGAACACAACCAAAAAGAUUUGUACCGAGUUGGGCUUUUCACCGUCGGGGCUGCAGCUCGGGCCGUACGAUGCCGUCUCCUUCAAAUUUUCAUACUCCUUGCUGUGCUUCGUAGAGAACGCGAGGUGCUAAAGUAUGUAGUAUGUCGUAUGCCCAAUCGCGAUCAAGGUGAUGCUGCGGGA